GCAGCAAAAGCCAGAGCUGCCAAAACGCUGGCCCUGUCAAGUCCUCGUGCAGGUUGGUACCCUCAGUACCUUGCAAAGUGACUGCCGCAAACCCUCCGUGAAUUUGUAGAGGUUCCCUAGCGCUCGAAAGGUCUAGACAGCUCUGGGACCAAGGCGCACCGAUAGAGCUGUUGCAUUGAUAGCAGCCAAAAGCAGACAUAAAAUGGAAGAGCAACCAGCCGACUACGACGACGCCGACACGUACGCGACGCCCUACCCACGAUCGCCCCCGCCGGCGCGCACGCCGGAGGAGGACGCGCGCGGCUGGGCGUCGCCCCCCACUGCAAACGGCUGGGGGGCACCACCACCGCAGCAGGGCUGGGCCAACGCCGCGACGCCGCAGCGGCCGACCAACGGCUGGGCCGCGCCACCACCAAAAGCGGAGUCGGGCUGGGGCCCACCACCAACCGGCAACGGCUGGGGAGCGGAGACCCCGCCGGCGACGCCGCAAGCUCAGGACGACGACGACGACCCGUACCCGACCGUCCGCCGCGCGGCGUCGACGAGCAGCGACGACGACGACGAGUUCGAGGCCGACCUCGACGAGUUCCUGAGGGACGGCGGCGACCGCGGCUACAAGCACCUGCUGGACGUCGCGCGCGGGGCGACGCACCGCCUGCCGUGCCCGCUCCGCUGCCACGCCUACGCGACGCUGCGCGUGCCGCGCUGCGUGUCGUGCAGCGCGAAGCCCUUUGUGGGCGGGACCUUCACGGAGCGGCUGCGGAAGCUGGCCGCGCACGCCCAGUCCAAGGCCGACGGGAGCGAACAGGCGCAUCGCGCGCACCGGAAACUAUUAAGGUGGCUCAAGCGGCGCUACGCUUCGAUUUUAGGGGACGUGCCCGAGCCGCCUUCCGAGGCGGUGCUCGUCGAAACUCCGACUGAAGACGCGUCGGAGGGCGAAGAGGGCGCGCUCGUCGUCGCGGCCCCUUCGGCGUCGGAUUCGUGGCCCGACGACGUGCCGCUGCAGUGCGAACCGGAAAUCCAGGGCCAGCCCUGGGCCCUCCUCGCGCUCAUGGCCGGGGCGACGCGCGACGCCGUCCAGGCCAAGCUCGAGGACGUCAACGCGGACGACCCGUUCGCCUCGCUUGUCGAUAUCAAGCUCUCGCUCGGGCGACGGCCGCGGCUCAAGCUACGGGAGCGUGUCGUCGAGUGUACGAAUGCGCCACUUACUUCUCAGGAGGAUAUAAGAGCUGCUUGUGCGCCGUUGAGCUUCGACGGGAUGCAGCGGGCCGCGCUGCCCAACGAAUUGCAUAGGAUUAGCCGUGUCGCCAUGGCCGACGGCACCGUGACGGCCCUGGUCUUGCGGGUGGGCCGUACGGUAAGAGGGGCCUCGCACCGCGUCGCCGACCUGAUCGCGGCCGGGAAAAGUAUCUUAUUCUUGGGCGCGCCGGGCGCCGGCAAGUCCACCGCCCUGCGCGACGCCGCGAGCUUCUGCGGCGUCUGCCGCGAGACGCGACAACCGACGGGCGAGUGCUGGGUCGUUGACGCGUCCAUGGAAUUGGGGGGCGACGGCGCGGAGGCGCACCCGUCGCUCCACCCGGCGGAGCGCUACCCCGCGGCGGGCAAGUCGUUACAUACGGCCAUGGUCGAGGUCCUGUGCAACGUCACACCGGCAGCCAUGAUAUGUGAUGAAUUAAGGGACAACGAGGCCGCGAAAGCCGCCGCGGCGGUCGGGAACCACGGCGUCCAGCUCAUCGCGACGGCGCACGCCGAGACGCUGGCGGAACUCGUGAACAACAAGGCCAUGGCGCCGGUGUUAGGGGAUUUCGAGGAGUGCACGUUGUCCGAUCGCGAGGCCAUGCGGCGGUCUGGGGCACAAAGGUGGGGCAACUUCAGCAAGGUCCGCAAUCAGCGGAUCGGCGAGGCGACGUUCGACGCCGUCGUCGAACUGCGGCCGCCUUCAUGUAGGGAGGGCGCGUGGCGCGUAGUCCUGGACGUGAACGGCGCGAUCGACGCAAUCGUCGAGAAGCAGCCGUAUGGCGGCGAGCUCCGGUUCUAUGACGAGGACCACGUCCUCCAGCGGGAGGAGUGGCGGCCGGCGUAAGUACUAGAGAGUAA